AAUAUAAGCAAAGUCAUUAGUUACCUUCGUCUCCAACUUUUUGCCAGAAGAAAAUAUAUGACACAUUUUGGAGGAAAACGAAACUACAGCAAAGCAACAAAAAUUCCACAGAUAGGGCUUAAAAAGAAUUCCAUUGUUGAGUGAAAAAUACAGACAUGGGGAGGAAUAUGCAACUAAGCUUAUAUGGAAACUUAUAUGUCUUGGAGUUUACUAUGAUUGCUUUUACAUUCUUCAUAGUAGCAGAUUGUCGUCCUCACAAUGAGCGAAGAUUGACAGAAACGCCAGCCGUCAGAUUGGAUAUACAAACUGAACAAGUGACGAUGAGCAAUGGCUUUGCCAAUGUUACAUUAUCAAUACCAUAUGGUCUCGUCACGAACAUAUCAUAUGGUGGAAUCAACAACUUACUCGAGACCCAAACUGGCGAAAAUAAUAGAGGGUAUUGGGAUGUUUUUUGGAAUGGUACUGCAUCUCGAAGAGUUCGAAAAAAGUUUUUGGGAACAAGUUUCGAGGUAAUAAUGGACAGCGAAAACCAGGUGGAAAUUUCAUUCAAAAGUACAUGGAAUGUUUCUCAAUCUGAUGGACUUCCAUUAAACAGUGACAUUAGGUUUGUGAUGCUACGAGACACACCCGGAUUUUAUACUUAUGCUAUAGUUGAACGUUUGGAAGGAUGGCCCCUUGUAUACAUCGAAAAUCUAAGGGUUGUCUUCAAGCUUCAACAGGACAUGUUUCAUUACAUGGCUGUCUCAGAUGAGAGGCAGCGGGUAAUGCCAAUGCCAGUGGACCGAGACACUGGGAAGGUGCUUGACUACAAAGAAGCUGUUCUUUUGACAAAUCCAACUAAUCCAGAUUUAAAAGGAGAGGUGGAUGACAAAUACUUCUAUGCAAAUGAUAACAGAGAUGAUAGAGUUCAUGGGUGGGUAGGUACUAAUCCUCCUGUAGGGUUUUGGAUGAUAAUUCCGAGUGAUGAGUUUCGUACCGGAGGACCUUACAAACAAGAUCUCACUUCACAUGUUGGUCCAAUCGUACUUUCUGUAUUUGUAAGUAGACAUUAUGCUGGAGAAGAUCUGGUACUCAAAUUUCAACAAGGAGAGCCAUGGAAAAAAGUUAUUGGCCCUGUAUUUUUGUAUCUUAACACAAAUUAUUCAGCUAAGGACAAUCCCUCCAUGCUUUGGGAUGACGCAAAGAAAAGGAUGAAUCAAGAAGUCGCAAGUUGGCCUUAUGAUUUUCCAGUUUCAAAAGAUUACAUCAAAUCUAAUCAAAGAGGAGCGGUUAGAGGCCAACUUUUUAUUAAUGACAGCACUACUGCUUUAGUACCAGCAUCCAACGCUUAUGUAGGGUUAGCACCACCAGGAGAUGUUGGAUCUUGGCAAAGAGAAACCAAAGGAUAUCAGUUUUGGACUAAAGCAGACUCUAGCGGGAAUUUUACAAUAGGAAAUGUCAUAUCCGGUACAUAUAACUUGUAUGCUACUGUCCCUGGAACUAUUGGGGAUUACAAAUACAAUUCCGAUGUACAAGUAACUCCAGGUUCUAGUAUUGAAUUAGGGAGUUUGGUUUAUAAUCCUCCUCGAAAUGGAGCCACACUUUGGGAAAUCGGUGUGCCAGAUCGCACAGCUGCUGAAUUCUUCGUGCCAACUCCACCUCCACAAUUUAAAGUUCACAUAUACCAAAACGAUUCCGAAUCAAUAUUUAGACAGUAUGGUUUGUGGGAACAAUAUAGUGCUUUAUAUCCUAAAAAUGAUCUCGUCUAUUAUGUUGGAACUAGCAAUUAUUCAAAAGACUGGUUUUUUGCUCAUGUUACUAGGAAUAUAGGAAACAAAACUUAUGAAGCUACCACAUGGAGCAUUGUAUUUGACCUUGAAAGUGUUGACAAUGCGUCAAAUUACACUCUCCAAUUGGCUCUUGCAGCAGCUCACGGAGCUGAACUACAAGUUCGUUUCAACGAUGGUGAAAUAGCAGCACCACACUUUACGACAGGGAAAAUAGGAGGAGAUAGUGCAAUUGCAAGACACGGUAUACAUGGAUUAUAUUGGCUUUACAACAUUGAAGUACAGGGCAAUCUACUCAUAAACGGAACAAAUACAUUUUUUCUUACACAAGCAAUGGCUACUAACCCCUUUCAAGGGGUGAUGUAUGAUUAUCUUCGUUUAGAAGGACCUCAUCAAUGAUAAAAUGGUCAUUAUUAAUUUAUAUUUUUCUUACAGAA